GAGUCUCAUUCUGAAAAGAAAGAAAAGUACAUAACCUAGCAUCCCAUGAGGGAUCAAUCGGAUCCAGCCUAGGGCUCAUCUCCACCAUCGCCAGCUGGAGGCAGGUAGUUAUCCUCAUGCUCCAGGGAGCCUGUUAGGGGUAGUGAACAUCAGCAGGGUUCAUGUCCCAGUAGUGCAUCAUAUAGUGCUGAGCCGAAAUGAUGCGACGACGACCAUCACGCUCACGAUCAAGGCGAGAAUUGAGGUGCUUUUGGCCACCUAGAAUGAGCUCGUUCUGACGAGCAAUAGUCAUUAACUGCUUAGCAACAGACAUCGUGGGGACAGCAAAAGUCCUGUGACAGAGGUUGAUGGGCCCGCCGGUACGUGGGCACGACGAGUUGCACGAUGUGGGCUAUGCCGCCCCACCAACAACACUCGACUCCGGAUGGUCGGCCCCAGCAGGAGCAACCGCAGGUGGCUUAGGGAGACCCUUUAUCCAUGUUAGAGGGCCAUCAUGCUUGAGAAAAUGCUAAUUCUGGAGAGUAGCUUUGCCAAGGGGAGUCGGGGCGCGGAUUAGGGUCAUGCCAGCAAUAUCAACCUCAUAGUAGCGAGCCAAGGCCGUGAUCACUGGUCCGCAGACAAUAAAGCAAUCCUAGGAAGCCGAGACCUUGGCAAAUGUUUGAGCGACAACAGAGUCUAGCUACAUAGAGUCUUCCUCCAGGCCCAUCGAGUGCAUGAAGUACAUAGUCCGGAGGGUGACACGGUUGGCGGAGCCCCGACUGGGUGUAUAUGGCUAAGUGAGCAGGUGGUUGAGGAUUCACCACUUCAGAUGGAGGAAAGUGGCCCGGGUCUGGCUAGGUGUGUACUCCUCGCCCACUGUCUUGGGAAGGCAAAUGCGCUCAAAGAAUGCUUGGUCCUCAAAGUCGAUGGGGUCGGUCUCUUCAAGAUCCAAAGAGCUCUCGCUAGUGUGAGGGGAGUUGAGGUCGAGCGCAUUGGCCAACUCCCAGUAGCUGAUGGAGUGCCCAACCUCGUCGAGUGUGAAUUGGACGACGUCGGCAUGGUCAGCCGACCUCCUUUGGGAAUGGGAAAAGGUGGAGUAGAACUCCCAUACCAGCUCCUAGUACGUCGGCUCAGCGAGGCAGAGGAGCGCAAAACAGCCUCCAUUUCCUCGCGAGCGUGGAGCGCCUCGAAGUCGAGAUGCAGGUGCUCAGAGAUGUGACGACUACAGAUGUUCCGCAGGCGCUGGCACCGAGUGUGGUUCAGGAGGUCCAGGUAGUCUUCCAUUAUCCUGCAAUUUAACCGAAAGCACAAAUUCCAUACAGAGGAAUGGGUCAUUGUUAGGAAAAAUCACAUUGAGAGCCCUCAAAUCGAAAGAUUUGGAAGUGGACUAGGCUCCUAGUGGAAUAAACAUUCACUCAACAGACAUGCAUCAAUCCAAUUUGCAGUUUAACAAGCAAUCUCCAAUCAAGCAAAAAUUGGAAGAAUUCUACACAUGCAAUCGGUAGGCCGGCGAAACUAAGUCAAGGGAAUAUCGAAUCAAGCACACAAAAUCCAUCGACCUACCAAACGGACACAAUGCAAACAAAAAUCUCAAGUUAUUCACCUAGAACCCUAGGUAUCAAUUCUCCAAAAUUAACCAAGAUAAAAUGAGAAGCACACUUUGAGACGCAAUUAGAUACCACGGGGAAGGUGAGAGGAAAGAAACUCGAAACGUCGCCGGAAACAGCCCAGAGACCUCGCGGGAUCCUCGUCAGAGCUUUGUCGCCGGUGACUCGACCUCCGCCAAAUGGUACCAAACUUUUGGGGAAGGUGCUCCUCGACGCCAAGCAUGGUGGUGGUCUUGGGUUUUAAUUUGGAGACCGCGAAAAAAUAUUUGGCGUAAAA